CAGAUUCUUGAUUAGUACAGGGUUAUGGGGAAAAGGCAGGAGAAUGGGGUUGAGAGGGAGAGAUGGAUCAGCUAUGAUUGAAUGGUGGAGUAGCCGACGGGCCGAACGGCCUAAUUCUGCUCCUAUAACUUAUGAACUUACUCUCUUAUCUCUUUUCUUGUUUAGAUUUCUAUCUCCACUCUUUCUGCCAAAUGUUUCCUUGACUGACUGGGUCCCACAUGUUAUCCCACCUGUACAAUUGCCACCGAAAUGAUUAGUUCUCGGGUCUCUCUGUGGCGUGGGUGAGUCAGUGUUUAUUUCACGUACUUUAUCCUACGCUCUCUGUGUAUAAAUCUGUCGCACUCUCUGGUCGCCUCUAUUCAUUGAUUUCAGUGUCAAUUUCACUGUCUCCAGAGCAGCGAGCGGUCACGUGGCACAACACAGAUGCUGGCGAUGCCGGAGCCGGGAUCCAACCGGAUGUCUUUGCCAUGCACGCCGCUGGCCGGCAGCGGGAGGAUCGGUGUCUCUCGGAGAAGCUUCACCGGGACACCACUCUACCUUCCUAAAGUCAGCCAGGCUUGCAUCCCUCUCUCCGUCAAUCAGCAUGGUCCACGUAUCAAUCCUCUCCACCCACCCGGGGUGAAAAGACGCACCGUCAGCCUAGAAACCUUUGCCGCUCACCACCAUAAUCAACAGCGGGCUCUAGUGAUGCGGCAGAAAGAGUAUAACAGGUAUCACCAGGGCUGGCAGCGUCCGUUUUACGGUUCCGUGGCUGAGAAGGAGGAGUAUAGGCGCGAGAUCAGGCAGCUGCUAAAAUGGCAGAUGAGCCAACAGUGGGAGGCACAGCGCUACGCCUUGUUCAAGCGCGCCAAAGAGGGAGAGGAAGCACGCGAGGCGGAAAGGCAGGCAAUUCUUAAAGACCUCGAAAAGCAAAGCGCGCGCUCUCGUUUUCUUCAAGCCUUUCGCGAUGAAAACAAGAAGCUGAUGGAAAUUCAGUGGAAGGAGAAAAGGUUAGCAAAAUCCAUGGAUUCUCUCAGGGAGCGUGAACUGCUGCAGUACAAUCCCAUCAACUGGAGUGGAACACUAAAAUAGAAUUGGAAUGUUCAGACUAUUUACCUUUAUGUACACAAGGCUGUUUUGCUUUCUUAAUAAAGUCGUUUCUCAAUUAAUGUUUUGCAAUAUUUUCAUUCAGCGCCAAACUUUUCCCUCAAUUCCAUCUCCUCUUCUCUUGGAGAUACAGCCAUAAGGGCACAUUGUGCCUCAAAACUUUGCCUGAAAGACAUUUGUCUCACAGAUUGACACAGGCUAUUUCAGUAGGCUCGCCUGCUGUGGGAUAAAGCCAAUAGCUGUUUUUUAGGUAGAAAGGAGCAGACAAUGGAUUGCUCAACUCCCCCUAUACAACUUCACCGGUCCCAAGACCAAUUAGAGUUCUGUUGCCAUACCAGAUAAUUGAGAGAUUUAAAAAAAAAGCAUUCCAGCAACGAAAAUAGAGACAAAAUGCUGGAGUAACUCAGCUGGACAGGCAGCAUAUCUGGAGAGAAGGAAUGGUGAUGUUUCAGGGCAAGACCCUUCUUCAGACUGCUCGCCCCGAA